GGUCAACGGUAAUUCAAUUCAAGUUUAACGGACGCCAAAUUGUAAAAUAUUUUAGAUUUUAGAAUCCCAAUAAAAGUGAAACCAAUAUAAGACAGUGUUCUUACUAAAUAUUAUCGUUAAAAUGGAGAAUCCAUUAUGGGAACGCGUUCUAAUAGAUUGGGUAAAUUGUUUAAAACUUUCUAAUCCUAUUCAAAAGCUUGACGACCUCAGAGAUGGUUUAUUCUUUAGUAACCUUUAUAAAAUAACAAAAAAGUCCUCAGACAUUGAUUGUGAUAUACUAACAUAUAUUUUUGAUGUUUUAAACGAACAUUAUUCCGAUUUUAUUAUUCACAAUAAAACCAUUAUACACCUUAGUGAUCUCCCUAAAGAUGAUUUAUGUGCUAUUACUUCACUUCUGAUGCACUACACAAUUAUGCAUGACAGAAGGGAUGUAUUAACAUCUCCACUUUGUUAUAAUCUUCAAGAAUUUACCCAAAUCAAAAUCCGGAGCUUUUUGGAAAAGGUACAAGAUACAGUUAACAAUGCCGAACUUGCCAGGAUAAUAAAUAGUUGUAUUGAAGACAAUAGAAAUUAUAGUUGGAUCUCUAGCCCCUUACAUAAUUCAUGUAACAGUCCUUUACAGGAUGUAUUGAAGACUCCAGCUGUGAAGAGCACUAGAUUGUUUGAAAGAGAUAAAGAAAUAGCUAAACUAAAAGCAAGUUUAGAAUUGGUUCAAGAUGAGAAAGAAAUUGCUGAAAAGGACCUCCAGAGUCAAAUCGAAAGGAACAAAAAGUUGGAAAAACAACUGGGUCAAAAAACUGUAGAGAUAUCAAAUUUAAGGAGUGAGGUUCUUGAAUUAGAAAAUAGAACUCCACCACACUACAGGGAUAAAGAUUACAGGGAAAUGCAGAAAAUACUAAGGACCAAAGUUGAUAGUCUUGAACAAAUCCUCGAACAAAGUGACAAGGAGAACCUAGAGUUGAGAGAAGAAAGAGAUAAGGAAAGAGCACAGGUAAAACAACUAGAAAGCCGUUGCAAGACUUGGUUAGAAAAAUUUAUAGAUGCAGAUAACAACUUAACAUCAAUUACAGAAAACUAUAAAGAAUUACAAUUAAAAAAUGAGAAUCUACAGGCACAUUGCCUAGAACUUGAAGCUUUACUUGAUGAACUCAAACCAAAAUCAAUGAACGACACCAUUAUUGAAGAGAGUUUUCAAACUCUAUCUCGUAGAUCGAGAAGCUUGGGAUCUCAGAGUGAAGGGGAAGAUCUAGCUCAUUCAGUAAUAGAUGUACAACUGAAAGAACUUCAAAAAGAGAAUCAGACCAUCAAAACAAAUUUAGACCAUGUCCAGAACAAUUGUAACCAACUCACAGAUGAAAUUGACACUCUCACCUUAGAGAGAUCUGUGUUAAAUGACGAAAAAAUUCAAUUGGAACUUGAGCUACAAGCAGCAAAUGGUAAAAUUGAAGAAUUUACAAUGAAUUACCAACAGCUUCACGAAAACUGGAAAAUUUUAACACAAAAUAAAAAUUUCCUUGAAAAGGAAAAAGCUGGUUUAAUAAAUGAAAAUCAAAAUAUGCAAAAAUCAAUCAAAAACCUUACAAAUGAUGCAGAGGAAUUGUCGAAAGAUCUAACAAAAUGCAAAGAAGAAAAAGAUCAACUUGCGGAAACAAUAAACAAUUUAACAGCCAGUAAACAAGUAAUAGAAACAGAAUUGGAAUACACCAAACUUGCCUUAGAUCAACUAACAAAUAAGAAAAAUGAUCUGGAUGUUGAAUUAGAAAAAGUAACAAGAGAAAAGCUUGACAUAUGUACACAGAAGAAUAGCUUAAGUGAUGAACUUAAACAAACUAAAAUAUCUCUUAAAGCGGUUGAAGAUGAAAGAACUGCUUUAUCAGAAAAUCUUGUAAAGUAUAAAAAAGACAAUAGUGAACUUGCUCUUGUAAGAAAAGACUUAGAAGAUCAACUCGACUCAAUGAGACAAAAUGUAGAGAAUUUAAAUUCAGAUUUACAGAAGAAGAUUACAGAAAUACAGCAAGUAUCUGAAGAAUUAAAUGAUUUGAAGACUAAAUAUGAAAAUAUCCAAGUGGCUUGUGCCAACCUUGAAGAAGAAAAGGUAAACCAAGAAGGUUUGAUUACUAUUCUUGAGGAGAAAAACAAAGAGUUAUUACACAAUUUAGCAAACGUCAUGGAGGAAAAAUCUUCUGUAUCUGAUGAAUUAAGAAAAAAGUCUGAAACUGUCAUUAAAUUGGAUGAAUCACUUAAAACCAUGAUAAAUGAAAAAACCUCAAUAGAGGACUGUUUGACAGAGACUAUUUCAAAAUUGCAUUUAUCUUCCACAUUAAACUCUGAAUAUUUAGAAAAACUCGAUAUUGCAAACACCGAAAGGAAGAAUCUAGAAGAAGAAAUUCGCAAUUUGAAAAAUAACAAUGAAUAUUUAUUAAAAACAUACCAGGAGUUAAGCAUGCAGUUUGAAAAGGUAACGAAUGAAAAAGAAAGUAUUAAAAUUGAACUGAAUACAAAAAUUACGCUACUCUCUGAAGUAUCUUCAGAAUUAAAGGAAAUUAACAAUAAUUUGGUGGAUGUAUCAUCAAAAUUAGUAGAAUCAUCUGAGUUGAAUUCUCAUUAUUUGACAAAACUUAACAUUUCAAUUGCUACAAACAACAAAUUAGAACAAAAUAUUCAAGUAUUAAACGCUGAAAUACAAAAUUUGACAAAGAAAUCAGAAGAUCUAACAAGUGAAACAUUAAAACUAAACAACGAGAAGAAAGAUAUUUUUGAACAACUAGAAAAUAAGUGUGCGAUAGUUGCAGAAUUAUCUUCUUCCAUGGAAGAACUACAAAACGAUAAAUUGACUAUUACUGAGGAGCUAGCUACAGUUAUUUCUGGUAAUAAGGCACUUUUGGCGGACAUAGACAAAACGAGACAUGAGCUACAACAAGUGGUAGCUGAAAAAGAGGAAGUUUUACAAAGAGAACUUGAACAAAAAUAUGAAAUUGAGCAGAAGUUUAAAAACUCAGAGAUACAACUAAGUGACAAAGUUGCUGAUAACUUACGAUUGAAGGAAACCUUGCAAGAUAUCGUAAAAAACAAGCACGAAUUAGAAGAACAACUAGAUAAUACAGAAACUGCCCUCAGUAAGGCAUUGCUUGAUAUAAACAAUUUAACUGAUGAGCUACGUAAAAUGACAGAAGAUAGAAAUAAUAUUAUAAGCGAAAAGGAAAAUAUUUCUAAUACUCUCGAUACUGCACAAAUAUCUCUUAUUAAAGUUCAAAGUGAAGCACAUAUCCUAGCAGAGGAAUUGGAAAACAAUAAAGAAAGUUUUAGUCAACUUCUCAUAUUAAAGAACGAUAUUGAACAGCAACUGCAGGCAGUGAUUACUGAAAAAUCUGCAAUGGAAACAGAAUUAAAAGAAAUUUCUUCAAAAUUAGAAGAAUGUUCUGCAUUAAAUUCACAGUAUUUGGAAAAUCUUACAGCUGCAAUUAACGAAAAGGUUGCUAUAAACGCAGAGAAACAAGAAUUGAUAAAUAAAUAUAAAGAAUUAAGUGACAGUAACAAAGUAAUAUCUAAAGAAAAGGAAGAUGUUUUGACUGAAUUGGAAAAAAAUACUCAAAUAACUAUUGAGAUGUCUUCUAAGCUAAGUGAAUAUGAAAAAGAUAAGCAUGCACUAACAAAAGAAAUUGAUAAAAUAACUAGCCAUACAGAUGAAUUGUUAGCAAACUUAAAAGAAAGAGAAAGUGACUUACUUGAACAAAAUGUACAUCUUAAAGAAGAACUGAAUAAAACAAUUGCCGAAAAAAUGAAUCUAAGUGAAAGUUACGAAACAGCUAAAUCUUCACUAGAUCAAGCUACUAUUGAAAAUAAUUUCGUCAACGAACAACUAACAAUUUUCCAACAGAAGGAACAUGAUUUGCUUGAGGAAAAUGCAAAAAUUAAAGAAAACCUUGAUAAAACACUUACAGAAAAGGUCCAACUAAAUGAAAAUUACGAAUCAGUAAAACUUUUGCUGGAUCAAACAGUUUCUGAAAAGCAUAUUUUGGACGAAGGGUUAACAAAAACAGUCAAACAAAGAGAUGAGAUUUUGAACCAAAAAAAUAAAGUACAAAAAGGUUUUGAGAAUUUACAAAGUUCUUAUGAAGAACUUUCACAAAAUAUGCUUACAAAAGUAGCAGCUCUAGAGCUUAUUGAAAAAGAAAGAGACGAUCUGUUAGAAAGGUUCAAUGGGUUAAAUAAAAAUUGGGUAGAUGUCGUGGAGGAAAAUGAACAUUUAAAUACUACGAUAGAAAAUAUCAAAGCAGCAAAUACCACACUCUUUGAAGAUGUUAAUAGCUUAACACAAGCCAAUGCGGAGCUAAACAAGCGAAUGAAUACAUUAUGUGAUACUUUGGAGGAAACUACUAAAUCAAGAGAAGAAUUGUCAGAAAAAUUAACAAAAUGCCAAGACGAAUGUAACGCUUUUCUUGUAAUAAAUAACGAUCUUGAAAAUCAGUUAAGAGAAGCUUUAAAUGACAACAAAAGUAUUAAGAAAUGUUCGGAAAGUAUUUUAUCAGAAAAACAUAAUAUAACUGAAGAAUUGAAAAACACAAACACAAAAUACCAUGAUUUGGAAAUGAUGCAUGAGAAUCUUAGAGUAGAAAACAAUACCUUACACGACAGUUUAAGUGUCCUUAAAUCAGACAAUAGCAAACUUUCUGAGAAACUAGCUAAAGUAACGAAAGAUUUAGAAUCAGCGAUUGAAGAUUUUGCCACCAAAAACAAACUAAUAACAGAAAAACUUAAUGAAAAAGCAGAAGUUCUCCAAAAAGCGAUCUUGGAAAAAGAUACCCUAACAGAAAAACUUAGUGAGAAAGAAGAAAUUCUCGAAAAAGUCAUUUUGGAAAAAGAUAGAUUGACCGAAAAACUUAUUGAGGAAGAAGAAAUCCUCAAAAAAGUCAUUUUGGAAAAAAAUAAUUUCAUAGAACAGCUUAAUGAGAAACAAGAAAUCCUCCAAAAAUUCAUUUUGGAAAAAGAUAGAUUGACAGAACAACUUAAUGAAAAAACAGAACUUCUCCAAAGGGAAAUCUUGGAAAAAGAUACCUGUACAGAAAAACUUAAGGAUAAAGACGAAAUCAUCAAACAAUUCAUUUUGGAAAAAGAAAGAUUAACAGCAGAUCUUAAUAAGAAAGAAGAAAUCCUCCAAGAAGUCAUUUUGGAAAAAGAAAGCUUAGCAGCAAAUCUUAAUAAGAAAGAAGAAAUCCUCCAAGAAGUCAUUUUGGAAAAAGAAUGCUUAACAGCAAAUCUUAAUAAGAAAGAAGAAAUCCUCCAAGAAGUCAUUUUGGAAAAAGAUAGCUUAGCAGCAAAUCUUAAUAAGAAAGAAGAAAUCCUCCAAGAAGUCAUUUUGGACAAAGAUAGUUUAACAGAAAAUCUUAAUACGAAAGAAGAAAUCCUCCAAGAAGUCAUUUUGGAAAAAGAAAGCUUAGCAGCAAAUCUUAAUAAGAAAGAAGAAAUCCUCCAAGAAGUCAUUUUGGAAAAAGAUAGCUUAGCAGCAAAUCUUAAUAAGAAAGAAGAAAUCCUCCAAGAAGUCAUUUUGGGCAAAGAUAGCUUAACAGAAAAUCUUAAUACGAAAGAAGAAGUCCUCGAAAAAAUCAUUUUGGAAAAAGAUAAUUUCAUAGAACAGCUUAAUGAGAAACAAGAAAUCCUCCAAAAAUUAAUUUUGGAAAAAGAUAGAUUGACAGAACAACUUAAUGAAAAAACAGAACUUCUCCAAAGGGAAAUCUUGGAAAAAGAUACCUGUACAGAAAAACUUAAGGAUAAAGACGAAAUCAUUGAACAAUUCAUUUUGGAAAAAGAAAGAUUAACAGCAGAUCUUAAUAAGAAAGAAGAAAUCCUCCAAGAAGUCAUUUUGGAAAAAGAAAGCUUAGCAGCAAAUCUUAAUAAGAAAGAAGAAAUCCUCCAAGAAGUCAUUUUGGAAAAAGAAAGCUUAACAGCAAAUCUUAAUAAGAAAGAAGAAAUCCUCCAAGAAGUCAUUUUGGAAAAAGAUAGCUUAGCAGCAAAUCUUAAUAAGAAAGAAGAAAUCCUCCAAGAAGUCAUUUUGGACAAAGAUAGCUUAACAGAAAAUCUUAAUACGAAAGAAGAAAUCCUCGAAAAAAUCAUUUUGGAGAAAGAUAGUUUGACAGAUCAACUCAAUGAAAAAACAGAACUUCUCCAAAAGGAAAUCUUGAAAAAAGAUUCCUUAACAGAAAAACUUAAUGAUAAUGACGAAAUCAUCAAAAAAAUCAUUUUGGAAAAAGAUAGCUUGACUAAAAAAAUAGCAACUCUAGAAAAUGAGUUAAAAAUUAAAGACAAAACAACUUUAGAUGAAGAAACAAAGUUUGAAUGUGCGAUAUUAGAACAGAUGGAAGUUGCCAAGCAGCUACAGACAGAGAAUGUAUCAUUAUCUGAUAAAUUAGCUGCAUUAACAGUCGAGAACGAAACAAACUGUGCCAAGCUCAAUGAGUGCACACAAAAGAUUUCUGAAAUGUCUGCGUAUUUGAAAACGACACUAGAAGAAAAAGAAAAUAUUUUCAAUAAUUAUAAAUAUGCCGAAGAUAAGUUGGUUGUAGCACAAAAAGAAGUAGAUACCAUCACAGUAAAAUUGAAUACAGUAACUCAGGAACUUAACCAAUGCCAGCUAAAUAUUGAAGAAUAUAUUUCUGAAAUACAAAACCUAAAAUUAGACAGCACAAGAUUAACAACAGAAAAAGAACAACUUAAUGAAACUAUUAAAAAGGUUAUUGAAGAAAAAUCAGUAAUAUCGAAAUUUUUCGACUUAAAUAAUAACGAGCUGCAAAAUAUCCAGCAAAAACGUGACGAGCUCUUAGAAGCCUUAGAACAAAGUAACAAGAUAGUGAGCAAUUUACAGGAAGAAAAGGAACAGCUACUAGCGGAGAUUGAAAAUUUAACCAAAGUGAAAAACGAAUUCUCGGAACAGUUAGAUAGAGUCUCCCAAGAAAAUGCCGAUGCAACUGAGAAAAUUCAAAGUUUGUUGAAGAAAAAUUUCGAAACAUCCGAAGAACGAAAAAAUUUAAAUGAAAAAAUUGAUCAGUUAACAGGCGAAAAUGCGUAUAUGGUAGGUACACUUACAACCCUAUCGCAUGAUUUAGACGAAAAAAUUAAAAACGAGACGACUUUAGAAUCAGCUUGCAAAACUCUUCAAACACAAUUAGACGAAAAAUCUGAAAUCUUGGAAAAACUAUCAGAAGAACACAAAGAUAUAUUCGAUAUUGUAGAUAAACUUUCUCAAGAAAUAACGGAUAUGAAGAAAACCAUAGAUUUGCUUUCUGCGGAAAAGAUGCAACUUACGCAACAAGUUAGCGAUCUUACGGAUCAAAUACGAGAUUUAAUACAAGAAAAAAAUAAACUGAUCGAAUGCGUGGACCUAAGCGAUAAAGAACUUCAAAAAGUAAAGAAAGACAGAAACGAGAUACUAGAAGGCCAAACCAAAAUUAUGAAAGAAACUGAAAGCAGUUUGAUCUUCGCCCGUCAGAGCUCCAUAGCGAUCAAAAAUGAGCUGAUGAAGAAAAUAGAAAUGGCCGAAACAGAGAAAGAAAUAUUACGUAAGCAAGUGGAACAAGAUACUAAAAAAAUACAGGAUACCUAUAUGUCUGUAAUGACUGCUAACACAAAAUUGGAGUUAGAAAUUAUUAAUCUAAGAAAGAAAAUCGAGGAUAAAAACCAAAAACUGAGCGAAUAUGUACAAAUUAAGGAAGCCUAUGAAAAACUGUUGGAAGAAAAUAAUAGGCUUAUGACAGAGGUCGAUACAAUUAAAUACAAGAGAUCUAGAGAUAGAGAAGAAUUUGUAAAUUUGUUGAAAAAAGAAAGAGAAGACGCAACUGCCAGAGAAAGCAAGAAAGUGAAAGAAGUACGAAAUGAGUAUGAAGGAAAACUUGAAAAAAUGAAAGAGAAAAUGCUAAAACUGUACAGAGAAGAAGUUGGCAAAGAGAUGAUGAAAGUGAAGGCAGAGCAAAGUGAAAGUGUAUGCUUUGUAAAAACUAUAGAAGACCUACGAAACGACCUAUUCGAAGCGCAACAAAAAUUGCACUUGUUGGAAACUGAACGGGACAUGUUGCGGAUCAAAGAGGCUCAAAUGAACCGAAAUAUCCAAGCUUCUAGAGAAUCUUUGCGAUCAAUGCCCGAUGCACGUGACUCGAUUAGAAGCAGUGUCACGUCGUUGCGGUCAAUUGGUACAAAUAAUAACCGACUUGAAACGGUGCAAAUGGUCCAAAGAGGAAAGAGUACUAGUACUUCUGUGUUGCCAAGACAGACCAGAGAAGUGGAAAGAAAGACGGUAACGUUGCCUCGAAGGGUAGCUGAAAUACAAGAAACAGUUACGAUCUCGAGGAGAACGUCGUUGACCAAUGUUCCGAGUAUGCCGAUGGAAGAUGAAGAUGAUGAUUUCAAUAAUAAAUAUUUAGCCGAUUUAAAGGCUGGGCAUUGCGUGAUAGGUGACAGCGGAAGGCAAUCGAAUGUUAGAUUUUCUGAGUUAGCUUGGAGAAAUUCACUAGUGCCUCCUCAUUUAAAAUCUUCAUAUCCAGCUGAAACGCAAUUUGCUAGCCCCUCCAAAUUUAAGGAAGAUGAUUUGAAGGUUGGUAACAUUUGCCUCGACGAUAGUUUAAGUAAACUUCUUCCGGGAGAAAAGCCUCGCCAAAAGAAAGACUUCGGAACAACUACAUAUAAGAAGCCUGGUCCUCCAACGCCUAGCAAAAACGGGGGAAGGUUAUCUCUACAAGGAAACGAAGUACAGCCAUUGCCUUUAAGAGAACAAAACGAGAAAACCCCUACGAAGAAAGUUCCUACACCUAGUAGGAUUAGAGCACUUUUCGGAAUAAGUAAUUCCCGGGAUAAUUCUGAGAAUCAUGCUGUUACCCCAAGAACCAAACAAAGGUUGCGUAUUUUCCGCAAGCAGCGAUAAUAUUAGUAUUAUUUAGUUUUAACACUGUACUUUUAUGACAGUAUUUUUUUAUUUUUAUAUUUUUGUAUAAAUUUGUCUAACAAUGCUUUAAUAUAUUUUUAAUAAACUGUUUCUAAUUAG